AUGAAAAUUUCCAGAAUAACAUUUGCCGUUGUUGCUGCAAUUAGUGGUAUUUCAACGGCUUUUUGCCCGUUGGCUGCAUCAUAUGGUAUCGUCGCUUUUAUUAUUUGCCGAAUUCUUCAAGGUGACUUUUCAGUGAACUUGUGCCAGCUAUGGACCGUAAUAUUACCAGUGAUUUACAGUGUUGGAUUUGGUGUAUGUAUGCCAAUAAUUGGCUCAACGACAUCAACUUGGGCUCGUUUUGAUGAAAAUGGUUUAUUUAGUGGUGCACUUACGGGAUUUAUACAAAUCAGCCCGGUGAUCACAAUGCCGAUGUCGGGCUUACUAUGUGUGUCCUCGCUAAGAUGGCCAUUUAUAUAUUACGUACAUGCUAUUAUAACUUUUGUGCUAAUCCUUCUUUGGCUUAUUUUUUAUAGCGAUUCACCAACGAAAAAUCGUUUCAUCGAAAAGAUCGAAAUCGAUGAAAUUCAAAGGAACAAAACUGUUAAUGAAAAAGCAAAAAAAAUUCCAUUUUUGGAAAUCUUUAAAACUCGAUCAGUAUGGGCAUUGUGGAUUGCUGCCGUUGGCAAUAUGUAUAGCAUACAAAUGAUGAUCGUUUUCUCACCAACAUAUAUCAACCAGAUUCUGUUAAUUCCAAUUGUGAAUGUGGGUUUUGCUUCUGCAUUACCAACUCUUUUGCAAUUUGUUGUAAAAUUAUUUGCUGGUUAUAUUAGCGAUAAAAUUUACUUUCUUGGCGAGGCUUCUAAGAUUCGUUUAUUUAAUUCAAUAGCAUUUCUUGGAAUGGGUGCAUUUAUGAUUGCCUUGGCUAUAGCGCAGAAUUUCUCCUCGACAUUAUCAAUAAUUUUCCUUAUCAGUUCGGUUACGAUACUUGGAUUUAAUACGGGUGGAUUUUUUAAAGGCUCAACAAUUAUUGGCCAACAAUACAGCUAUUUUAUUAACGCUAUUAUUCAGUUCAUAAUGUGCAUAUCAAUGUUAACGACGCCAAUAAUUAUAUUUCAAUUAACAAAAAAUGGCGAAAAAUCCGAAUGGCUUAUCGUAUUUGUAGCGCACGCUUUACUUUUAUUCCUUACUAAUGCUAUAUUUUGUAUUUUUGGAAAUGCUAUUCCUGCUAGUUUCACUAAAACUCAAAUAAAUAAAUCAAAUGGCUUAGAUUAUGUGCCUUGUCCAAAAUAG